GAACCGUAUAUAAAUACAGUUGAAUGCUCGGCGUGUCUUUACGUGCUUUCCAUUACUUUCCAAUCUUUCGCUUCAAUUCAACUUUAACCUUUUCACCCGUGUUUAAUUUUGAACUCUCUCGAAGGGAAUCCACGCACGCAUCUCUCACCCUCAAGCAUAAAAUUCUAGUUUUGGUGUGCUGGAAUUCAAAUCUGAACUUCAAUUUUGAGAUCAAGAUUACCUGCCUGCCCAUUAGCUCAAUUUCAUCGAUUUACGCAACUAUAUUCGUGAUCUCGGAUUGUUUUGGAAGAUAA